UCCAGGUGUCACACUCAGUCUCCCACUGGCUGACUGCCGCACUGCUCAAGCUGUGUCUCAUGAAGCUGACAACAAGUUUCAGGUAGCCAUGCAGCUGGGAGAGCAGAGUCAGCUCCACAUGAAAUACCCACUAGGAAUGACAGAAGCCUUUAAUUUUUUUAAAAUCAGCUUUCAUCUUUGAAAGACACUGAAAUGAUCCCAAAUGGAUUGUGCUGUGAAUGUCUGACAGCAAGAUAUCAGAAAAAAAACUGAUCAUCAUAGUAACAUCUGCAUCCAAUGAAAGGAUCUGAGAUCUAUGAGUCAGAGGCAUGCAGGAAAGCACUGAUAGUUAGUGCUUCAAUAUUGGCUAUAGAGAAAACAUGUAUUAUGCAAGGCAGACAUAUAACUUUCAGCCUAGGUGAUAAAGUUUGCAUCAUGUCUCCAGACCGUUUCCCAGAGCUUUUAGAUUCAUCACUUGCUUAUCAGGAUGGGGUCAGUGAACACAUGGAUUGAAAACGCAGUGCUGCAAUUCAAACAUGAAAAGACUUGAGAUACCGAACUGCUGAUAGCAGUCUUCUCUAGUCACGCUUGACAGCUAGUCAGGAAAUGGGAGCCUAGGCUCCACGGUAAAGACAUAACCUUUCUACACAAUCAAAUCUGUUUUCAGGUAUCACCUAGAAAAGAAGCACAGCAUCAGUGUAUUACUUGACUUGGAAAAAUUUAUAUAGAAUAGCCUUUCCAAGGAACUUUCUCCUUACGCAAGGCAUAAAUAACAUUGGUCUUACUGACUGAGCAUUAUGGAAGUGCACCUCACUGGGACAUGAGGAAAACUUCUGGAUUUCAAUAGCAGUAAGACCUCUUCAAGUACCUAACAACUUCAAGAAUCACAUUAAGCCCUGGAACAACAGAGCAGUAUUUGCAGGUCUGAUUUUUGGUGUGCAUCCAGCAGAGCCCUGUGCUGAUGUUGCUGCUAUCUCUGCUGCAAUCCUGUGUUAUGAAAGCUAUGAAGAAAUACUUAAUUCACAGUAUGUGGUCACUGAGGAAGCAAUGCAUUUAAACUGCAUGAGAACACUCUGAACAUGGAGGUAGGAUAACUGCCAGCUUGCUACUGGGCUGCCCUGCUGCCUCUCUGCUGUUUCCUCCAUGGCUCUGGUGACAGACCUCACGAGACUCCAAGCAACAGAAAGUGACACGGGAGCAACAGACUCCAACAGCUUCACCACUAGUACUGCUAUGAGUAGAAAUGCAUCCUACUAGCCACUUGAGAGAAAGAGGCAACAAAGAAGCUCUAGACAUGUUACUGUACUAAAGAACUAAACAGCUGAAGUUAAAGUUGUUACCACGUACAGAGUUCAGUUUUCUACCAGGGAGAAUGAAGCUCUAGCUCUAAAUGAGCCUAUGCCUCUUCAAAUGCUGAGAUUCUCAGAAGCUAAAUGACAUGACUGAAACAUCUACACCUGACUGCUUCGACUUUGGAAUUGCUGGGGAGCAGGUACAUUUGUAUAUGCCAAGGAAACCAUGGAGAGGUUAGGAGAUGAGAUCCAGUCUACCAGUUCUGUGGCCCCUAUGAAAGUACCAUCCAAGUGAGCCUUCCUCCUGCCAGGCCUUCAAGCCAAACAGAAACUUAGUGUUUCUCUAUCUGCUGCUCAUAAAACAAAUAGAAGAAGCCAGAAAAGAGGAGAUGACAUAUAGCCCACUGCCAUUUUAUGUCUGAAUUAGGACAGAAAACGCUUACUGGGGGUGGUUUCAGUGGCUGUGCUGACUGUUAAAAGAAUGGAGAUACUCCAGUCUGCGCAUCUCCUCAGCAAGUUUCUACUGUUCAGAAGACUGAAUGGACCAGAUUUCCUCACAGAGGAGGGCCACACAAUGUAAGACCUGUACAUACAUGUGCAGCCGCUAACAGAGAAAAAUGCCUAAGGAGAACCUGUAGGGAUACUUCAGCAGCUGACAGGAGAGGAGGAACACGCUGCAAACAAGCAGCCUCAGCUCAGAGUUCUGUGAGAAGAUCAAUGUACAAAAUGACAAAGUAAAAAGCUGAUCUGAAGCUAUACGCAGACAUUUGUGCCCUGGCACAAAGCACAGUGCAGUUGCAGCUCCAAAAUCAGGCAUGCCCAGCUGCGCCCUCACUUUAUCAGCUCUAAAAAUUCACGCAUGAUUUCUCAGAUUUGGGGGCUUUGCAUGAACAGUUCCAGCUUUGUUAGGAUUCUUCUGACUGCAAAUACCUUAAACUGCUGCAUUAAAAAGUAAAUCGCAUCUGCGUUAGCAUCCGUUUAGACACGCUACCACUGGGACAAACGCAAAACAAAAGCACCGAAGAAACUCUGAUGCCACUCAAGUACUGCAACAGCUUUAUUAAGAAGAAGGCAGUAGCCAAGUGAAGCAGCUGGAAUCACACUGAAGUCACUCUGAACCCUACAGUUCACUUCAUUCUUCCUUCUCCUACAGAGAGCACAUCCCUUACUCACCCUGUGCUUCCUUCUUAAGAAGCAAGUGUGAGCCUGGCACAGCAAGUUUUGAUCUCUUUUGAAGCUACCUGUUUGACAGAGACAAGAAAACUAAAGCAGCUGUGCAACAUGACAUUUGAAGAUUUUGAGAACUACUCUUACUUCUACGACCUGCCUGAGGAAGAAGAAUCACCCCAGUCUACCCUCAGCAUUGCCCAUAUGAUUUCCCUUUCAUUUUACAGUGUGGCAUUUCUUCUGGGAGUCCCAGGCAAUGCCAUUGUCAUCUGGUUUAUGGGCUUCAAGUGGGAUAAAUCUGUCUCUACACUCUGGUUCCUCAAUCUAGCCAUUGCAGAUUUCAUUUUUGUUCUCUUUCUGCCCCUUUACAUCACAUACGUGGCAAUGGGUUUCCAUUGGCCUUUUGGGAAGUGGCUCUGUAAAACGAACUCAUUCAUUGCACUACUGAAUAUGUUUGCCAGUGUUUUCUUCCUGACAUUCAUCAGCCUUGACCGCUACAUCCGCCUCGUACACCCAGUUUUUUCCUACAAGUACCGGACUAUAAAGAACACCCUCAUUCUUAGUGUGGUCAUUUGGAUGUCAGCUGCAAUUAUUGCUGGCCCUGCCUUAUACUUCAGAGACACAGCUACUGCUCUCAACAAUGUCACCAUCUGCUACAACAACUUCCAUCUGCAUGACAGAGAACUCAUUUUGCUGAGACAUCAUAUUUUGAUUUGGGUGAGGCUUGCCUUUGGUUACCUCUUUCCUCUACUGACCAUGGUUAUUUGCUACUCAUUGCUGAUUGUUAAAGUAAAGAGGAGAACGGUGUUGACUUCUAGCAGGCUCUUCUGGACCAUCAUUGCUGUAGUUGUAGCUUUUUUUCUUUGCUGGACACCGUAUCACAUAUUCAGCAUUGUGGAGCUCUCUGCUCACCAUGAUGAAAACUUGCACGCCUUAUUGCAGGAUGGCAUUCCCCUCUCCACAGGCCUUGCUUUCAUCAACAGUUGUCUCAAUCCAAUCCUCUAUGUUCUCAUUAGCAAGAAGUUUCAGGCUCAAGUCAAGACAACAGUCUCUGAGGUACUAAAAUUGGCACUGUGGGAGGUGAGCCGCUCAGGAACCGUCAGUGAGCAGCUGUGGAGCUCAGACAAUACUCAUGCGCCUGUGCACCAUUGUGAAACUGCUCAGUGACUGUUCAUCGCCAUCCAUCUAUAAAAUAGCUGACAGAUUCGGAGCUGUUGUUGACUUCACAUCUGCCAAUGAGAUGUGCAUCUUUGCAUAUACAGUUUUAUAUUAACAGCUGGCUUUACUGUGCUUGCUACUUUCCUUUAAAUGUUUUUAAAGGAUACAUCAUUUGGGUGUGGUGUGGUUGCAGUGUGGACAGCCUGAAAAGAAAGUUGUCUGGGUUUUCUAUCAGGAAUAUUGUUGUAAUCCUGGUGUUAACAGUACUUCACUGAUCUCACAGGAGCACAUAACAUUCCUCUGAUCACCACUGAUAACAUUUUUGAUCUAGGCAUCCUCUUGAGAGAUCAUAGUCAGGCAUCAGUGGUUUGUGAGCUUCACAAGUAUUUCACUCUUGUUGAAAGCAGGAGUCACCUUGCUAUAUCCCAGCCAAAAGAAGUUGUCACUGGCUUCACUCUGCCAUCAGAGAAGUAACUCAAUACAGAGAAUACUGAAUUGCAGCCUUGUCCUUCUAAAGAAUAAUGGAAAUAAAAUGUUCACUCCCAUUGCUUUGCCUUAUACUGAGCUGAGACGCAGGGCUGUGGUUUCUUGUCACUUACGUGCUUUUAAUGCCAUUUGGUUGGUGUUUCAGAAAAUAUUUUGGCUCAUUUGAAAUACAUAAAGAAUUAGUGGAAAUGUGUCUUACUGAAUCUGAGACCUAAGGCCCUUGUCACAUGUUCUUUUUGUGUUUAAACUUCCAGGUUUUAGAGAUUUCACAUUUAUUAGCUGUUUUCUGCUGGUCUCUCAAACAAAGGUUAAAGUGCAGUAAAACAUUCUAUCUUAAUGACUAAAAAGGAGCAGGGUGAAUUCACAAGCAUGUAGCCAAAUUCAGACUUCUCUACUAAGCUGCAGUCAAGAUUGUACAUCCAUGAUACAAAGUUCACUCGCAUUAGAAAGAGGCAGUAGACCCAGCUGUCCUAUUUUCUGCUCCAACUUGUUGCCUGCUGUAAAAUCACACCUACACCAAUGCACAUAUACACACUAAGUGGAGCAAACCUAUUUCUGAGGCAGUACCACUUAACUGAGAAGUUGUAUGAGAGAUAAAGCUCUGCUAAGAAUAAAAACAUAAAGCUUUAGGUGAAUUUGAACUAGGUUUUUAUUGUUAUUGGCCUAUAUAUCUAGAGUAAAACCAGCUUCCAGAUAACAUGCUAGCACAUAAGUUGCUUUUAUGCUGUAAAUGAGGCCUUAUAUGUAAAACUUCAUAUGCUUCCAUGCCCGCUAGCUGGAGGCAUCAGAGAACAUAGAGAGAAGCAUCUGAGCUGUGGGGGUUCCUUGAAAUGGCUGGAGAUUGCUGCUGGUUUGCACCAUGGCUCCUGCACAGUCCCUGCGGGAUCUGGCAGGAUGGUGGCGAAUAGCUGGA